CGGUACGCCCCUUCGCCACACGGAAAUAAAGGCUCCAGCUAGCUAGACACACACAGGGAUGUCAAAUGUUGUAGUACGUCGCCCCUUUUUGCAUGUUUUUAAAUAUUUGUUCCUCGAGAAGACUAUUUUAUUGUAAUUCUGCCUCACUUAUCACCUUGCAUGAGUCGAUAUGGCGACGUGCAUACCCUUUCAAACCCAGCUGUCCUCGAUAAUGGAGGUCUUGGUCAAAGCAGCAGUGUCAGAGAUAUCCAAACUGGUCGAUGACAAAUGUGCGUUUUUGCAUCUUGAGAUCUCCAGAAAGCAAAGCGAGAAUGAGAUGCUGAAGAGGAAGUUAGUAAUGAUGGAGAAUAAAAACGCACAGCUGCAGAGAGGCUUCGAGAACUACAUGGACCGAGGAACUGAUGUUGGGGGUCCGCAUCCCACAGGAGAUAUGAAGUUUCCUGAGAUCACAGAUGCCGCUGUUUCAUUUGCAAUUAAAGAAGAGAGUCCAGAUGAGACGCUGUGGAUCACUGAUCCUGCCGGACCUAUCGGUUCUGAUGUUCAGUAUCCUAAUUCAGCCAAUGCUCCAGAGAGUCAGCAGCUAGAAGAUGACCGUCAGUUACAUCCCUCAGAGGUUGGCAGGCAAAAAGCGUCCGAGUUUGGUGAGUUGUAUAACUCUGGUCAGCUUGCAGGAGACAUCAGUGGCCUUCAGUUCACCGUCAAGAUGGAGAAGGAGGAGAACCAAUCACGAUUUGGGCGGGAUGGAUGUCAGCACAGCAGGGGAAAGCAGACUCAGCUUGGUGCUGACUUCUCCAUGGAUGAGCGAGAGAAUCAGCUCUGGUCGUCCAUAAUUGAAGGUGAGGACAUUGACACAGGUUUCCCUGACUUUUCCAGCGUGGUAGAGGAGUAUUCCCAAACAUUCCCAGACCAUCCUGAUGCUCAUGUGGGUUCAAACACCAGCAAGUCAGCUGGAGUCCAGCACCUGUCCUCUCAGAGGCAGUGUAAUGGGAUCUAUAACAGUGACGGUCCACAGUCGUCCACUUUUCAGGCCAGACCUCAGGGUGCUGUGUUGCAGCAGGACAGGCAGAAGGAGCAGAUUUACACACAGCGAAACCCGUCACAUGCUGCACAUCUGAGGCAGCUGGAUGAACACUCAGAGAGAGAGACUGCAGCGGGAGAUAGACUGACUCCAGCGCCUUCGCAAAACACUUUCACAUCAGGCAGCUUCACCCAUCACACCCCACACAGAGCUCUCUCCGGCAUGGCACGAGGCUACGUCUGCUCCCACUGUGGAAAGUCUUUCAGCCGCCUGCACCAGUUCAAGCUGCAUCAGCAAAGCCACAAGAGAAAGAGGGCGUUCUGGUGCUCGGUGUGCGGCAAGAACUUCCAGUGCUCCUCCCAUCUCAGCAUCCAUCACCGCACGCACACGGGCGAGAAGCCGUUCGGCUGCGGACAGUGCGGGAAGAGGUUCACGCAGCAGAGCAGUCUGAGGGUCCACCAGCGAACGCACAGCGGGGAACGGCCAUACAGCUGCUCUUUGUGCGGGAAAACCUUCAUCAUGAUGCACCAUUUGAAGCGGCACAGAAUCAUUCACACGUACAGCUGAGGGGAAGACGUCUGAAGGGAUAUUGCUCAGGUGAAAAGACACAAAUGACCCCAAAACCAAACAGAAGUGGCGCUGAGUUGCAACUUUUAUCGGUUUGGAUUCCUACCCAUGAGGCAUUUCACUCAGACUUUGUAAAUUAAUGCAUAUUCGACUAUGCAAUACUCCAUGUGGAUGGAUUUUAAGACACUCCUUUUUUAAAAUACUUAUUUAAACUUGACUGAAUUGCAUCCACAGAACAGACACACACACACACACACUUCAGUAUUUUUAAGACACCUCUGAAGCUAGAAAUCCCCAAAAAUACGGUCUGAAAUGUGGAGUCAUAACAAGAACGUCCUGCAGAUUCUCUCCUCAUCUUACCUGCAUAAAGAGCUUCACUCAUAGAUCCUGUUGGUUUUAGCUUGUAGAAAUCUGCCUUACUUUAUCUCAGCACUGAAACUGUAGAAGCACAAGAUGCCCAUUAGCCCCCUUAACUCUGCCCUUUGUAUUCAGAGCCAGCGAAGCACCUCUCAGGUUUCAAUUUGGUGUCAAGAUGUAAAAAUAAAUGCCUGCCUAUUGUUCCAAGUUGAAAAUUUCCAUUAAAUGUAUCCCCCAAAGUCCUUAACUCUUUGUUAUGAUUUGUAAUAAAUUGACAUUAUAAUUGA